CAUCUGGCUGUCUUCACUCUAGAUCUGCUCUGAGGGGCUGUGCAAUGUCAGAUUCCACUUCCUAUACUUUGGAGAUCACCUGUUCAGACUCCGUCAGGUUGGUGAAUGGGACCAGUCUGUGUUCAGGCAGACUGGAGGUGAAGCCUAAACAGUCUAAACAUUAUAAAGAGAGGUGGUCCUCAGUGUGUGAAGCUGACUUUGACCAGCAGGAUGCAGAGGUGGUCUGCAGGGAGCUUGGCUGUGGGGCUCCUUCAGUCCUCCAGGGGGCGCUCUAUGGAGAAGUGGAGGCUCCAGUGUGGACCAAAGAGUUCCAGUGUGGAGGCCAUGAGUCUGCUCUCCUGGACUGUAGAAGCUCAGGCUCAGAUAGAAACACCUGCUCACCUGGCAAAGCUGUUGGACUCACCUGCUCAGAGCCUGUCAGGUUGGUGGGAGGAUCCAGUCGCUGUGCAGGAACACUGGAGGUGAAACACCAGAAUGAGUGGCGACUGGUGGAUGGUGAUGACUGGAGCCUGAAGGAAGCAGCAGUAGUUUGUGAAGAGCUGGACUGUGGCUCUCCAAUAUCUGUGGGACAGCGAAUGGAGUCUUUAGCCAGACCUGUAUGGACGAUGACGUCUGAAUGUGUUCACUCUGGAUCAGCUCUGAGGGACUGUGUAACAUCAUAUUCCUCUUACGCUGUCCAGGAGGUCACCUGCUCAGAGCCUGUCAGGUUGGUGGGAGGAUCCAGUCGCUGUAAAGGAACACUGGAGGUGAAACAGGGAGAGUGGAGACCAGUGGACAAUUGGAAAUAUAUUUGGACCCUGACAGAAGCAACUACAUUUUGCAGAGAGGUGGACUGUGGCUCAGCUGUUUCCGUCAAAUGGAGAAAGGAGUCCUCACGCAGACCUGUAUGGGUAAUGUCAUCUGACUGUGUUCAAUCUGGAUCGGCUCUGGAGGACUGUGUAAGACCAGAUUUCUCUUCCUACAUCCUGGAGAUCACCUGCUCAGACUCUGUCAGGCUGGUGGAUGGGACCAGUCUGUGCUCAGGCAGACUGGAGGUGAAGUCUAACCAGUCUAACCAGAGGUGGUCCUCAGUGUGUGAAGCUGACUUUGACCAGCAGGAUGCAGAGGUGGUCUGCAGGGAGCUUGGCUGUGGGGCUCCUUCAGUCCUCCAGGGGGCGCUCUAUGGAGAAGUGGAGGCUCCAAUGUGGACCAAAGAGUUCCAGUGUGGAGGCCAUGAGUCUGCUCUCCUGGACUGUAGAAGCUCAGGCUCAGAUAGAAACACCUGCUCACCUGGCAAAGCUGUUGGACUCACCUGCUCAGAGCCUGUCAGGUUGGUGGGAGGAUCCGGUCGCUGUGCAGGAACACUGGAGGUGAAACAGGGAGAGUGGAGACCAGUAUACGCCUGGAACUCUCAGUGGACCCUGAAGGAAGCAGCUCUAACGUGUCAAGAGUUGGACUGUGGCUCUGUUGUUUCUGUAGGACGGAGAGUCAAGUUCUUGGAUGGACUUGUAUGGACGAUGACAUCUGGCUGUGUGCACUCUGCACCUGCUCUGAAAGACUGUGUAAGGCCAUACCCCUCUCUCUACACACUGAUGACCCAGAUCACCUGUUCAGGCCACUAGGAGGCAGACGUCUAAACGACAGAGGGAUCUUGCUGGUUCAGAGAGGAAGAAGACCUGAGAACACGGAUGCUCAACUGAUUAGAUCUGACCCAGGAUUUUUAGGACUUGGAGACGAAGGCUGAAUCCAAAUGUUCGCACUUCACUGCACUUGCAGACUCACGGACUUUGCGGGCGUGUUCACGGGAAGUCCAGGAGUGUGUAGGGCUCCAAGUCCACCAUUCAGUCCACAAGGGACCUCAAGCUGACUUUCUGCGGACUUCAGAGAGCCUGCUUGGGGUGCAGACUUCACAAGUUUAAUUACCCACAAUUCAUUGCAAUACGGACGUGACGUUUUAAUUUUUCUAAAUUGCUGACAGACACACACACGCACACACAAAACCACAUAAACUUAUUAUAAAUUGUAACAUUAAAACGUUACUUGAAUAAUGUAGGCCAGAUGCAAGACUUUCAUUUGUUGCUAGACUGCUUCCUCGGUGUCGACCCUGCCCGUCUCUCACUCUCUGGCUUCGUCUGCUCCCCAGUAAACCACUCUGCCUUCUGUUUUCGACCACUAUGCUUCUGCCCUCCUGGUUCCUGUUAGCCUGUUAGCCUGUUAGCCUGGUUCCUGUGACGUCACCCAACUUUCCAAAAUGAGUUUACUGGUCCAGUCACCUGAGAUCUUCUGAGCUGUGGUUUGCUUCAUUCGUCAACUCACCUGUGUGCUGCUACAGUGUUCCACGUGGAGAGCUGCAGCCUGAUUCUGUUCGCCUGGGGAAUCUGACACUCAACACUGACUCCCUGUGCCUCACCCGUCUGCUCUCACUGUACUUAUUGAAGUGGUGCAUUAAAGCUCAAACUGUUCCACCUGUCCCCGGUGCUGUUUCUGGCUUCUAACAGGCAUCCCCUGGCGUCCUCCAUCAGCUGUGCCGGUGACUUGGCGCUACUAGCUUAAAAAUACAUGUGUCUAUUGAUGCAGGAGCUAAAUCUGUUUAUGGAAAAAUAUUUUUUUCAGCAGAUAUCUUAGUCGUAACAAGACCGAGCUGGCUGAGCAGUUCUGUGUUUAUAUCUGGAGUCCUCC